AUGAGGAAUUGUCAUUCAUACAUCCUUCUACUCACGUUCUUCGCUUUUGCGUUCUGCAGUCCACAGCAAAUAGGAAGGCAGAAUUACAGGGUGCGAGGUACUUUGAUGUGUGGAAAAAUGCCCGCCAAGGAUGUGAAAGUGAAACUAAUUGACGACGAUUUUGGACCUGAUCCCGAUGACGAGUUGGAUAGCGGCUACACUGAUGCAAAUGGUUUCUUUGAAUUAGCUGGAUUCACCACAGAACGUACCACAAUAGAUCCACACCUGAAGUUCUACCACGACUGUAACGAUGGCAUUACGGUAGGCGUGGUUUACCGAAGAGGGCAUAUAUACGCUAAAGUGUGUUCUUUCUAGCC